UCGUUGAAGGAGGAUGCUGGAUUAGUCGGUCGUUCGUGGCUAGGUGUUGGGACGGUUUUUUUGGUGAAACAGAAAACCUGCCUGUGUAAGAGAUCUGGAGAGAGAGAAAAAAACCGAGGGAACAGAUGUGCUAAGCCGUUAGUUGAGAAGUGGUUGUGCGAUUGGAAGGUUCGUCGCUUGAGAGUUUGGGAAAUGUGUGAAGGCCGUUGGAAAAAGUGUUAUUAAUUAAAUAAGUUUCUGUGGAUUGUACGAGUUGUGGAAUAUUAUUGUCUUCGCAAAGAAGUGACUAAAAGAUUAUUCAGUUGAGGAAACUUUGCAUUGAAGAGUGGAAUCAAACAAUAUGAAGACCGAAUACAAAUCCUGCGGUGGCUGUUCGGAGCAGAUAACCGAUCGAUACAUUUUCGAAGUAAGCGGCUGUGCGUGGCACGGAUCCUGCCUGCGAUGUAACGUAUGCUACUGCUCCCUGGAACGUCAGACAUCGUGCUACUUCAAGGACGGGGAAGUGUACUGCAAGACAGAUUACAUCAAAAAAUUCAAAACCAGCUGCGCGAAAUGUUCCCGCUCCAUCUCCCCCUCGGACUGGGUACGGAGGGCGCGAGAUUUCGUGUUCCAUUUGGCGUGCUUCGCGUGUGAUUCCUGCGGUCGACAGCUCUCCACGGGGGAACAAUUUGCCAUCAUCGACGAUCGGGUGCUGUGCAAGACACACUACAUGGAGCUGAUUGAUGAUGGGACAACUUCCAGCGAGGAUGGCUGCGAUGCGGAAGGCAACGGCAAGAACAAAACCAAGCGGAUACGCACGACGUUCACCGAGGAACAGAUUCAGAUAUUGCAAGCAAACUUCCAGAUCGAUAGCAACCCGGACGGGCAGGAUCUGGAACGGAUAGCACUGGCAACCGGGUUGAGCAAGCGGGUGACGCAGGUGUGGUUCCAAAACUCGAGGGCGCGCCAGAAAAAGCACGGUGAGAUUUACUCCCCCGGUUCGGAUGUGUGCGAUACUAAUAGGUUUGUGUCAUUCGCAGUGCCUCGUGGCCAGGAACUGUUCAACGGGCUUCGAUCGGAUAUGAAUAAUAACAGCAAUAGCAAUGAUAGCCACAGUCAGGGUGGCACUCCGAUAAGCGAAGAAUGUGCUCUAGCGAAAGCUUCCAUCUUCAACCACCACGGAUUUAUUAAUUUGAUGGUGUGACAUGAAGCCAGGGGACCCCAUCCGAUGGGGGGUGGACCUGAUCAUCAACAGCAGCACGUCAGCUACUCCUGAGGAUAGCUUACCUUCGGUUGGAUCCAACCGGCGAUGCCCUAAGAAUGGCCGGCACGAAUUUCGUCUGGAUGACAUGGAUUGUCAUUGGCCUACCAGCUGUUAGUUUACACCAAAGAAAGGGAAGCAUGAAUGGGAGUUCUUCAACAAUUCUACGGACCGAGGUUUGGGUUUGAUUGAAAACAGAAGCAGAUAUCUUUAUGUUUCAAUGAUUGCACACCGAUUCGUCGCUACAGAGUUUCAUGUGUUUGUGAUAAUUUCUACGCAUUAUGACUAUAAAAAUGGUGCUUAGCAUAGGUGAAUUAAUACUUUUGUUCGAAGAUUGAUGUACAUAUAUGUAGUU